UCUCUCUCUCUCUCUCUCUCUUACUCUCUUUGUCUCUUCUCGUCCCACUUCUUCCCCGUUUCAAUCCCGCCAUUUCUAUACUCCUCCGAGCAAUUCAACCCAUCUUCGAUCUCCACCAAUCCUCAUCUCCCGUUUCUGUGAUCGAGGUCUUCUUGAUUUCGCCGUCGAGCGCCUUUUUUGGCUUAUGAUCUCGUUGUUGCUGAAGAUUAGGGUUUUGCUUCUGUUGCUUGGUUCCUUUAUCACAUUAAACUCUGGGAUUCAGUUUCUUAGAAUUGGUGCAGAAAUUUAGAAGACGCGGUUUUCUAAUCGGGUAGUUUUGCGGCUUCUGACACAAGGGGAGUGAUCAUUGAGGGGUUCCCUACGAGACUGGGGAGACUCCCGUACUAGGAAGCUGAAUUUGAGGUAUUUGGCGUGAUGGAAUGUUGUUUCACUUUUUGCGGUGUCCAUGAGAUUUCAGGUUGAGGAAAAGCAUCGGAGUAGAAGUUGGCAUUUCAUGAGCGAUAAAUCUUUGAGUUAAGAAGUUGUGGGAUAAGUUCUGCAGCCAUUUUGAAUUCGAUAUUGCUUCUGAAAGUUUUGGCCUGAUGUUUCCUUCUGGAACAGACCGUACACAGGUUACAGCUGCAGUUUCUUGUGGAGUGCUUAUACCAACGAGGUUUGUCUGGCCUUAUGGCGGGAGACGAGUUUACUUACUUGGCUCUUUUACAAGGUGGACUGAACAUUUACCAAUGACCCGCGUGGAGGGUUGUCCUUCCGUAUUUCAAGCUAUCUGCAGAUUAACACCUGGCGUUCAUCAGUAUAAGUUCUUUGUAGAUGGUGAAUGGCGGCAUGAUGAGCGGCAACCUCAUAUGGUGGGAAAUUAUGGGAUAGUGAACACUCUUAUUGUUACCCAAGAACCUAGUAUGCAGACCAUCUUAAGCCCCGAGACACCCAAUAACCGAAUGAACAUGGAUGUUGACCAUGAGAACUUUCGACAUGUGGAGACAACACUGACGACUGUAGAGGCUGAUAUUGGAGACUUUCGUGAUCAGAUUUAUGAAUUUUUGUCCACCCAUACUGCUUAUGAUCUGCUUCCUGAUUCAGGAAAGGUCAUUACUCUUGAUGUUAAUCUGCCAGUAAAACAAGCAUUUCAUAUCCUGUAUGAACAGGAAAUUCCUGUUGCUCCUUUACUGGAUACUUGCAAGGGUGAAUUUGUUGGAGUACUUAGUCCAUUGGAUUUUAUACUAAUUCUGAAAGAGCUCAGUAGUCAUGGUUCAAAUUUGACAGAAGAAGAGCUUGAGACCCAUACUAUUUCUGCUUGGAAAAAGGCAAAACAACAACGAAGCUGGCCACUGGUUAUGCAUGAAAGAAAAUCUAAAGACCAUCUAAUCCAUGUUGGGCCUUAUGAUUCAUUGAAAGAUGUAGCACUGAAUAUAGUGCAAAAUCAGGUGGCAACAGUUCCAAUAAUUCAUUCACCAUCACAAGAGGAAUCAUUUCCACAUUUACUUCAUCUUGCAUCUCUUUCAGGCAUAUUGAAAUGUAUCUGCAGGCAUUUUAGACAUUCAUCUAGUUCACUCCCUGUAUUGCAACAAGCAAUAUGCACUACUCCUCUGGGCACAUGGGUUCCAAGAAAUGCUGAGUCAAAUAAGAAGCACCUGACAAUGUUGAGAUCAAAUGAAUCACUUAGCUCUGCCUUAGCAUUGUUACUGCAAGCUCAAGUUAGUUCAGUACCGAUAGUUGAUGACCAUGAUCGUUUGUUGGAUGCAUACUCUAGAAGUGACAUUACAUCUCUGGCUAAAGACAAGGCUUAUGCACAAAUUCACCUGGAUGAAGUGAGUAUUUACCAGGCACUGCAACUCAGACAAGAUGCAAAUCCUCAUCAAGGAUCCCAUAAUGGGCAGAGAUGCCAUAUGUGUCUCCGUUCAGAUUCUCUACAGAAAGUAAUGGAGCAAUUGGCUAAUCCUGGUGUCCGCCGCCUUUUUGUUGUCGAAGCUGGAAGCAACCGUGUAGAAGGCAUCAUUUCGCUGGGUGAUGUAUUCAAGUUCUUGCUCGGCUUGCCGUAGUGGCACAACGCGGUUUGUUGGUCAUUCAACUUUGUGAGCGUGUUCAAUCCGAUGCAUCAAAAAUGGGAAAUGGAAUUAUUUGUAUUCAGAUGCACUUUUUUCUUUUACGAUUUCUUUCCUGAUUCAAUAGGCCUCGUUGGUUUAGAGCCUGGUGUCUUUAGGCAAGGCCACAGCGAGGUCUGUACAUGAGAAGAGAUGGUUUGAUUUCAAAUGUAAAAUUUCUCUUGAUUUCAGUAGUUUAAUUAUAACGAUUUGGGUAGUGUUACCUCAGA